ACUGCAGAGGCUGUUUCCUGGAAUGAAUCGAUAAGUGAAACAAAUCACUCCAUGGUGACUGAGUUCAUUUUUCUGGGACUCUCUGAUUCUCCGGAACUCCAGAUUUUUCUAUUUGUGUUGUUUUUUGUAUUCUAUGGAGCAAUUGUGUUUGGAAACCUUCUUAUUGUCAUAACUGUGGCUUCUGACUCCCACCUUCACUCCCCCAUGUACUUUCUGCUAGCCAACCUCUCACUCCUUGAUCUGUCUCUGUCUUCAGUCACAGCCCCCAAGAUGAUUACUGACUUCUUCAGUCAGCGCAAAGUCAUCUCUUUCAAAGGCUGCCUUGCUCAGAUCUUUCUCCUUCACUUCUUUGGUGGGAGUGAGUUGGUGAUCCUCAUAGCCAUGGCCUUUGACAGAUAUGUAGCAAUCUGUAAGCCCCUACACUACGCUACAGUUAUGUGUGGCAAUGUAUGUGUUGGCAUAGUGGCUGCUGCAUGGGGAAUUGGCUUCCUCCACUCAGUGAGCCAGUUGGCAUUUGCAGUGCACUUACCCUUCUGUGGUCCUAAUGAAGUCGAUAGCUUUUACUGUGAUCUUCCUAGGGUAAUCAAACUUGCCUGUACAGACACCUACAGGCUAGAUAUCAUGGUCAUUGCUAACAGUGGUGUGCUCACUGUGUGUUCUUUUGUUCUCCUAAUCAUCUCCUACACGAUCAUCCUAAUGACCAUCCAGCGUCGUCCUUCAUACAGAUCAUCCAAGGCUCUGUCUACUUUGACUGCUCACAUCACAGUAGUUCUUUUGUUCUUUGGACCAUGUAUCUUUAUUUAUGCCUGGCCAUUCCCCAUAAAGUCAUUAGAUAAAUUCCUUGCUGUGUUUUAUUCUGUGAUCACUCCUUUCCUAAACCCAAUUAUAUACACACUGAGGAACAAAGACAUGAAGACUGCAAUGAGACGACUGAGAAAAUGGAAUGUGAAUUCCAGUGCAAACUCUUAGAUCUUCUAUAACUGUGAGAGUAAUCUGAGAUAAUGACAUAAAAUAUAGUGAAGUUGGUAAAUUAUUCAGUUAAACUCAUGAAUAUUAUACCUUU